CCAUAGCUGUGGUCGAUAUCGUUCUUGCUGACUGUUCCGUUAGCAACAGCUCUGAUUUUGAGAACGCCGUGAUUGCCCAAAACAGUUUACGAGUGGAAAAACAGGAAAAGGACAAUAGCUCAAUAGCUACAAGGUUUACAAGUGAUAAAAAAGAAAAUUUCAAGAAUAUCAAGUCUGAUCGAAGAAUAGAAUACACCUCUUCACAGUUUACGUUGUUAUAACUUACCAGAUAGCUUACCUGAUCCACCGCCCAAGUAUAGCUUCACGUAAUGUCAUAUGCACGAGUCAAAAGUUCAGGUUAUGGCAAACAAAAAAGUUCAAAAUUUCCAUUAUCUCCACAACCUAAAUCGAUUCUAAGACCGAAAAGAUGGGAUGAGGAAGUCGAAGAAGCGUACAGGUUUCAACUAGCCGGUUACAGAGAUGAAAAAGAAUAUUUAGAAAUAAAAAAGGAUGGGGUUGAUCGUUGGCCAGACAGUGGUUAUGUAAAGAAACUACAACGCCGUGAUGGAACUUUUUAUUACUACAGCAGAAGAAGAGAAUGCACAGAGAAAGAUAAACUUGGUUACAGGAUAAUCUUUAUCAACAGAAUAACGUCCAAGAAUUACGUAGACGGAUAUGAGUCUAUUUUUUGGAAUCGCCUCGACAAAAUAGGAGGUGGAGUUGGAUUUCACAUAAAAGAGCAUAUUAGUUUUAAGGAGCGUAAAACAUCAACGCUAUGGCAACACGAUUGAACAUCAAUAGCUCCUUUCUCUUGGGAGUUAUGUAUCAGCAAAGCAGCUAGAAAUAAACUUAAAAAGGUGAUCAAAUACAUCAAAUGGUCAUUUUUUAUCACCAUUAGUUCAUGUGAUAAAUACAUGUAUAGACAAAUUAACGUUUCAACAAAGAUUGACAACCCUUUUAGAACAGUGUCUAUAUUACCAAUUUUGUCCAAAGUAUUUGAAAGAGUGAUAUUGAAGCAACUCUGUGAGUAUAUAGACUCAAUAGAUAUUUUUAAUUAUACGCAGUCACGUUAUCGGCGAGGACACUCUACCACAACACUGUUAAAAUCAGAAUGAGAGGACAUUAGGCAAUGAGGUAACCAUAGGUGUUCUUAUCGACUAUUCCAAGGAAUUCCAUACGGUUGAUCACCAGACUCUACUGAAAAAACUUUACAACAUGAAUUUUUCAAUUGAUACCAUAAAGCUUUUGAACAGCUAUCUCAGUGAAAGAAAACAAUUCGCACAAGUAGAUGACAAGUUGUCAGAAACAUCAUCAUUAAACUUUGGAGUUCCGCAAGGAAGCAUAUUGGGACCAAUCUUCUUCAAUAUAUAUGUUGUUGAUUUAGGAGAAAACAUCAAAUCACAAUCAUUGCAGCAUGCUGAUAAUACAACUUUAUACCAGCAUUGUAAGUCUAAAAAAUGUUCUGAAGCAAUGAACUAUGGACGACCUGCAACAAUGGUCUACUGAUCAAAAUCUUAUGUUUAAUAAUGGAAAAACGAAACGCAUGAUAUUUUCCAUCGUUCAGACGAGUAGAAAGCAUAAUUUAAACCUAGACGACACAUGAUCCAUAGAUCAUGGUUGGUAGGACAGUCAAACGAAAUUUCGUGGCAAAAGUGUUGGGUUUAUAUAUGGACGAAUGUGUUGACUGGAAAUAAGCAUGUUAAUAGUGUAGUUAAAUCGUCAUUUGGUACUUUAAAGACUCUGAAGUUAUUCCAAAGGUUCACAACACAGAGAGUUAGAAAGAUGUUAGCUGAAAGACUCGUUCUUUUAAAAGAAAUUACAGCAUUAUAUUCAACUAAAUACUUACUAAAUCGUUUACAAAGAAUACAAAAUGUGACAGCAGGAUACAUUUCGAGACGCUAUGCUAAUGAAUCGAAUAUUAUGUCGUUACGAUGGCUACCUGUGCGAGAGUAUAUAAGUUUUCAUAAGUAUAUAAGUUUUUAAACUUUCACAUCAUGCUUAUAUGAUAAACAAGACGUAUGGUAUACGUAAACAACCUUGCGAAUAAAGUUUACAAAAAGCUGUCUAUAAAAUUGUGAUUUUUGUUACGAAGUUAGACACGACAUAUUCUACUAUUCAGAUACGCAAUAAUAUUUUUUACAUAC